AUUCACGCAGCUUGAAGUUUGACUAAUCACCAGACUACGACCUGCUACGUUCACAAAUACGAGACUCGUGCGCGAGCUGGCUUAUUCGCCUCCUCUGAUGUCGAGUAGCGCAAGGCUACCCGUCACGCUGUCCUGUACAGUGGAAGGCAACAGUGCUCGAGCGGCGGUCCGCCCAGCCGUCAUCUUCUGGAUCGGAAUAGAUAGAUAUACCAACCUCUGGAGCAUCAACCUCGUUUGUAUCGUAAAAGGAACUCUCUCUUCCACCGACAUCAAUGUCGUUCCCGUCUCCUCUUCGCCUACUGAGGGAAGCAUGACGUCGACUCCCGCCUGGCCGCUUUCUGACUUCUACUGCUACAUAUUUCCUCGGCCAAUGAAGUUCCUUUGCUACCCGGGCGAGGAACUCAAAGCCAACACCAAUGUCCUCUUCAAGAAGUUUAAUAACAAUACUCUUGAAAAAACGUUGCCGUUCAACGAACGACAUUAUCCCUACAAAGAACCCUUCGUCGUGGCUACUGUACUUGGGCCAAAUAUUCAACAUAGCGAUGGUGAAGGCAAGCACAUCGAUUUGGGGGGACGUAGAGCAUGGUUCGACGAGCGUGACGCUGUCAGGAAGCGUUGCCUGAAAUAUGAGGGCUCGGACGUUAGAAAGGCCCUGUCCGAUAGACAUUCGGGCGUAGCGGUAGAUGACACGGGAUUGCCUCCACUGCCCGUGAUUGCUGAUGUCGAGAUGCCUGAUUCGAUCUUGUGUCUAAACCGACAUGUCGCUCAUUACCAAAACGCGAUGAAUGCUAAGACCUGAGCGGUAGCUACUCGCGUUUAUUGGUGCUGGAUUUGGGAGAUAUAUUCAAGCUAUCAACACAUCGAUCGAUGUCAUCAGGCAACCCACAAUAUUACAUAGCAGAAGCUAAGACAUACGUCCAUAACGAC